UGCCGCAAUUCAAGCCAUUAAAAAGCGAGUGAAUUAUAAACAAAAAUAAAUAAUCAUGGAAUUUCAAAGAAGCGAUGCUAUGUUAAUGGAAAUAUUGCAAGAACGUAAAACUAUAACUGGAUUUCUGGACGCAGUUUUUGGUUUCCUGAAGCGCAACACAGAUUUUUAUCACACGAAAAAAGAUGCAACCGACAAAGUUGGCUUUCCGAAGGGAAUGCGGGAUCAAAUCCUGUACGGUGCCAUGCAGCGCUACGAUCCCGACUGCUUGCUGCAAACGAUGACCGCGGAGAGCAGCAUUGAUGACAGCGGCAUCAAUGCACCGCCGGCAAUAAACGAAGUCACAGUGGAGACGGAAGAGCAGGAAGUGGAUACUCGACCAACGCCAAAGGCCAAGAGCAGACGAGGAUUUGAGCCUGCUGACCAUAAGAAUGGUGCCGUCUUUGAGCAUCAUUGCUGGUCACAAACCCUCAAGGAUGUAGAGCUGCACAUCCAGUUGCCUGAGAAUCUGCAAGCUGCCAAGCAGCUGAACAUCGAGAUCAAGGCACAACAGAUUAAAGUGUGCAGCAAGAUGGGACCACAGCAGCUGAUACUCGAGGGAACACUGAGUCAGCGCAUCAGGUACAACGAUGCCGUGUGGUCCAUCGAAGGUGGUCAGCUGCUCAUCUGUUGUGACAAGGCAAAGGAGCGUUGGUGGGAUCGGCUCUUUGAGGACGACGAUGAGAUCGACAUCAAGAAACUGGACACUGAGCGUUACAUCGACGAGUUGCCCGAGGAUUCGCAGCAAGUCAUCGAGAAGUUGCGCGUGCAACAAAUAGCAGCGGAUCAGCAGCAAAAGCAGGCUUUAGCCUCCAUAGAUCCCGAGCAGAGCAAGACUAUGGAGCGUCUGAAGAAGGCUUGGGAUGCCGAGGGUUCACCAUUUAAAGGACAACCCUUUGAUCCAUCAAUGGUGCGCAUGAGUUAG